AUGAAGGGGUGGUUGACCAUCAAGGAAGGCAGCGGUUUUAGGGAAGGCGUAGUGAACUAUGUCAAGAGGAGAGAGAGACUGAUUUACGACCAGAGGAAAAUUGAUGAGAACGAGAACAAUGGAGUGCUCAAGAAAUUCUGUCCUCAUCACCUGGUGAACAGUGAGUCCAAAGCAAACAUCACCUGUCUCGUGUACAGCCACGACGGCACAGAGCUCCUGGCCAGCUACAAUGACGAAGACAUUUACCUCUUCAACUCCUCUCACAGCGAUGGGGCCCAGUAUGUGAAGCGAUAUAAGGGCCACAGGAAUAAUGCCACAGUGAAAGGCGUCAAUUUCUAUGGCCCCAAGAGUGAGUUUGUGGUGAGCGGCAGUGACUGCGGGCACAUCUUCCUCUGGGAGAAGGCAUCCUGCCAGAUCGUUCAGUUCAUGGAGGGGGACAAGGGGGGCGUGGUAAACUGUCUCGAGCCCCACCCUCACCUGCCUGUACUGGCAACCAGUGGCCUCGACCAUGAUGUCAAGAUCUGGGCACCCACAGCUGAAACUUCCACCGAGCUGACAGGGCUGAAGGACGUGAUAAAGAAGAACAAACGGGAGCGGGAUGAAGAUAGCUUGCACCACACCGACCUGUUCGAUAGUCACAUGCUCUGGUUCCUCAUGCAUCACCUGAGACAGAGACGCCACCACCGGCGCUGGCGAGAACCUGGGGUUGGGGCCACAGACGCAGACUCCGAUGAGUCUCCCAGCUCCUCAGACACAUCGGACGAGGAGGAGGGCCCCGACCGGGUGCAGUGCAUGCCGUCCUGAGGCCUCGUACCCAGGAGGGGCGGGCUGGGGCUGCCAACCCGAUCCUGCCUGGACAGCCCUUUCCUGUCCCAGGCCCUUACAUUCAGCAGACACGCACUUUGGACUUUUUGCUUUAGAUAAAAAAGAAAGACAUCCCAGGAGACAGACCAGAGGGGGAGUGAACCUGCGGAGUAGCUAAGAAUGGGAGCCAAGCCCCGGGAUGAGCUCCAUGGAGAGGUGCACAGGGCUCAGCAGAAAUGGCCUCUCCCCAAAGCCUUGUUUUUUGGGAGGGGGGAGCCUAUUUGUUAACUGGUUUGGGGUAGGGAAUUGGGUUUCCUUUUCUUUAAUCUCCCUUGUUUCUUGGGUGGGGGGGUGGGGAUAACUGGCUGUUCAGUACCAAUGGGCCAGAGUAGGGGUGGUAGAAGUGCCACUCUCUCUUUGGUUUAGGUUUUUGGCCUUUUUCUUCUUUAUUUUUUAAAAGUCUGUGACAGUUACAUUGGUUUUUUUUUUCCCCCUGAACAACCCCAACCCAGGAUCUUGUUUUUUUCUGGGAAGUCCUUAGAGCCCCUAACCAUGCCACACUCUUGACUUUCUUUCCCACCCAUUCAUCCUUUGUACUUCCCACAGUGUUUCACACUUGAUGAUGUGUCCUUCACGUUCUUCUCUUAAUCCCAUCACCCCUAACUAGGUCUGGUGAGGGAGGCUGGGGGGGUGGGAGGAGGGGCAGAAGUGGAGGAAGAAUAGGAAGGAUGUGUUACCUCUUCUGUUACUUUUAAAAAAAGUUGUUUGGUGGCAGCAAUCUCUUUGCCCUGUCACUGUUAGAGGCCUAAUUUUAUAUCUAUAAAUAUAUUAAAAAGCAAGUCAAACUUGGAUGUAUCACGAUAAAAUUAUUGUCAGUUUUAAAUACCUAUAUAUUCUCUAUGACUACAAUAAAGGGACUGAAAGGAGAGCGCGGAAGUAAUAAUGUUGUGGUCACACUGGGUUCAGCCCACCCUGUGUGUGUGGCCAUUGGAGAUCGGGGCAAACUCCUUCAGUUUUUGGAGGCUCAAGAACAGAAGGAUCCUCAGUUCUGCCCUUCCCUGCCUCCUGCCGCAGUUUUGGGGUUGGGAAAACAGGAAGAUUCCUUUCAGUUCUUUGCCUCAGAUCUCCUACCUCUCCUUCUGUCUUGUGGGGGUUCCCAGGAUGGCUCUCCUAACCAGAGGCUGGCCCAUCUUUAAAACUUGACUGAACUCGGACUUCAGGAAGGGUUCUGCCACUGCAGACUCUCUCUCCUCAUACUGUUUGUGACAGGGGACACGUUCACUCUUAGCAUUAGCUGCUUGAUUCUUUAAGCCACCCACCUCACCCCAGCCGCUCCAUUCUUAGUCCAAGAGUGUAGUAGAGAAAGCCCUCCUGGCUUGGCCAUUACAGCUUGUCCGCCUCUUGAUACCUUGCGAUUGAGGGACACAUCGUUUAAGGAUAAAGAUGGCUGGGGCUUGGACACCCGUCUACCAUCACUGGUCACGGAUAUGAAAGGCCUAGUUGAAUUCUUGCCCUAUUGCUUGUGCUGCUAUUUCUUUGCGCCCCCAACCAGGAAUUCUGCACCCUGGGGCAGUCUGAUUCUACUAGAACAGGCCAGGAAGGAAGGGAACAGAGAAAGGAUGGAAUUCCCAGACACUCCUUCCUGCUGGCCUUUUUCUUAGCAACUGUCAGACCAGAUGUGAGCUGCUGCACGUCCCCCCUGAGGUAGGGGACGUGUGGUGACUGAGUGGUCUGCGUUCCCACGGCUGGUGGGGUGACAGAGUGGCCUGAAACCCGUGCACUCUGGAAUUUGUUGUGUAUUUUCUCUCAGUAAAGCUUUUUUUUUUUUU